UAUUUAACAAGUGUAUUAUACACACGCACAUAUCUUAGCGCUUCUUUUUACCGCUCUCCUCUUGCUCUCUUAAUUAAUUAUUUCUUUGCCUAUUUUCUACUCUCUUACACAUACACACAUACACACAUAUAUACACCACAUUAAAAAUGGUUGCCUUUUAAAUCUCUCUUGCUUUCCCGCCUUUUCUAUCUUGUUCCCUCUUUGUUAAAUAUUGUAUCAUUUGUUAAAUUUGUUGAAUAUGUUUUUUGAUUGUCCCCAAAAAGUGGUUUUAUUAAACCCCCAACCCUCCAAACCUUUCUUCUCCUAUACUACUGACGAGCCCUCUACCUGUUCCAGAAAGAAAACUUACUUUUACUCCAAGAACCCAAAUUAAUCAGAACAAUUUUCAAAUCAUCCCCUUUUAUAAACAAAUCCAAAAAUGAAUAACUCAUCUACCACUUACCCAUUCUUUACGACUGGCUACAGUCCCAUCCCUCAGCAACAACAACAACCUGAAUCACCUUUUAUGUUCAGUAACUCACCUACUUGCACGAUCAAUGAUUGGUUUAACCAACUUACGCCCAUCAUCAACACAGAUGCUCUGGCCAAUCAACCACAACCAACUGCAGAUAAUUUUGAAGAUAUCCUUCAACUCCUGCCUAUUUCUCCUCCUUUAACAAGCCCUGGUUCUGUCAAUCAUGAUCAAGAAGGUGCUGUAUCUACUGACGCUCUCGUUGCUCUCUUUCCUGAAAUCUUGAAAUCCAAUGUGCCUCCUCCUCGUCCUGUGACUGCACAACGUAAGCCUGUGGCUAUCAUGCCCAAGACUUCUAAUGUUGUUCCCAUUGCUCCUCGUCCUGGUGGAUUCACGCCUCCUGCUUCCAAUGUCAUGAAACGUAAAUCAGACGCCAUGGACAGUGAUGAAGCUGCUCAAAAGCGUCAAAAGAACACAGAUGCUGCUCGUCGUUCCCGUCUCAAGAAGAUCAUCAAGAUGGAAAGUUUAGAGAAGCAAGUUGCUGAGCUGGAAUCAGAUAAUGCCCGACUUACGACCCGUGUUGCCGUGCUAGAGUCGGAAAAAAGUGCUUUGGUCUCUAAAGACAAAGGACUUGAAGAUCGUAUUCGUGUGCUUGAAGCUCAAUUAGCUGAAGCCCAUCGAGCUCUUACUACAAAAUCAUAAUUUUCCUUUUUUUCUCUAUUAUUAUUAGUAUUAUCUUUAUUAUCUUUUUUUUUUCUUUAAAUUCAUAUGAAUAAAUUCUCAUUGUAUACGCUACAACCCAU